AUGGUUAAUUUAACACAUGUUCCUGCAACAGAUUUUGAUCCUGUCGGAUUCGAAGAUGAUUUAUGUGGAUACCAUUGGUUAACGGAUGUUGAAAGACUUUUAAAAGAUCAAGAUGGAUUGUCAAAAGUUGUUUUCCCUCAUAUGGAUAAAACGGGAAGAGGAGCAUGUGAAAAAUUCAAUCGUGGAGAGUGUGAUUUAGGACCUCAAUGUCCUUUGCGUCAUAUAAACAUGAAUAAAUCUGUCGUAUGUAAACAUUGGUUAAGGGGUUUAUGUAAAAAAGGUGAUCAAUGUGAAUUUUUACAUGAAAUUGAUUUAGAAAAAAUGCCAGAAUGUUUUUUUUAUUCAAAAUUUAAAGCAUGUAGUAAUAAAGAAUGCCCAUUUAGACAUAUAGAUCCAGAUUCUAAAAUAAAAGAUUGUCCAUGGUAUGAUAGAGGUUUUUGUAGACAUGGACCAUUUUGUAAACACAGGCACAGGAGGAGAGUUAUGUGUCCAUUUUUUUUGGCUGGUUUUUGUUCUCAAGGUAAAGAAUGUAAAGAUGCUCAUCCUAGUUUUGCUAUACCUUCAACAGAUCCAAAACCUAAAUUAUUCCAACCAAAUUAUAAUCCUCAAAGUAUUACCUGUCAUAACUGCCAAGGAAAAGGCCAUAAAGCAACUUAUUGUCCUUUGUUAAUUAAUUCACAAGGAAAUUCCAUAAAAGGAAAUAAUGUAAAUAUGAAUACAAGUAUAUCAUCAACAACGACUAAUAAUUCUAAUACACCAUCUGGUCCACAACUUGGACGUACAUUUCAAAGUCAUAAUCACAAUUUUGACAAAAGAAGUUUAUCAGAAGUUACAUGUUUUAAAUGUGGUGAAAAGGGACAUUAUGCUAAUCGUUGUGGAAAGGGAUCAUUGGCAUUUUUAUCUCACUCUCGUAACAAUGAGGGAGCAUAG